AAGAGUAAAACAAAAUUGCCCCGUGCUGACGUAGAAACGGUUAAUUUUUUGCCGUCAACGUUCCCAAUUGCAAACAUUUCAUCGAUUAGCGCUAUUUCGCAGUUUCUAUCCAACUGCAACACCAGGCCAGCCUCUGCUUAUACUUCUUUUCUCUCAUUUUAUGGUUUCUUGAAGAGAGUUAGGUUUUAGAUUCUGCAGCUGCGGUCACCAAUGGUGGAGAGGAGGAGAAAGCCUCUUGUCCUCUCUUCAACUAAAUUCCUAGUCGAUUCUGUACUGAGUUCCUCGAGGAUUAGCAGAGAUGACUUGCCACCGAGGCUACUGUUCCCAGCUGGAAUUCUCCGGUUGUCGAAGGACAGAAUCGGAACUUUAGACUCUACAAGUAAGUUAACUUCUCUUGACGAUUCUGCUUUGGUUGGACUUCCUACAGCUGCUCUUAAGAAAUUGGCCGUCACUUGUGGUUCUCCGGUGCUUGUCAAGAAUAUUGAAACCAACAAAAGAAGGAUUGCGCAGGUUGUUAUUCUAGAUCCUCCCAGAAACCAUGGACACACAGCAUCCUGUGUUAAACAGCCGAAUUCGCACACAAUGCUUGUCUUUCCUUCUUAUAGUCUUCCUUCAGAUGAACCUUUGAUAUUAGAUGACGAAAUUGCAUUUUUGUCUCCUCUGUUAGCUUUUAACCUUGACUUGCAUAUAUCUUGUUUGAAUUCACUUGUCCAUCAAGGGAAUGAGAGGCUAGUGUCCCUUUUUAAUUCUAAAACGAAUGAUGAUACUUGCGGAGAAGUGAGUCAUCAUUCUUUAAUCAAUUUAGAAUUGGAACCUUUGGCUCAAUUGCCAAGAUAUGCUUCACAUUUGAGAGUUUCUUUUGUUAAGAUACCUGAAUGUGGUAUGCUUGAUUCUUUGAAAGGAAGUUCAUCUGUUGAAGCUGAAGAUCGCCAGGGAAUGAUUGAUUUGGCAUUACAUAACUACUUUAAAGUUGAUAGGUAUUUAGCAAGAGGUGAUAUUUUCAACAUUUGCUUACACUGGAAUUGCAAUUCUGUUAUGUGUCUUCCUUGCAACCAAAGGACACAAAGUACAAAUGGUAACCUUAUUUUCUUUAAGGUUGUGGCAAUGGAGCCAUCAGAUGAAUCCAUUCUUCGAAUUAAUUGCACUCAAACAGCUCUCGUGCUUGGAGGGACUGUUCCUUCUGCUCUUCCUCCAGAUCUGCUGAUUCAUGAACCCAAAGGUUUUGCCCCUCUUCAAAAAGACACAGUAAAAACUUUGGCAUCUGUACUUGCACCACCUUUGUGCCCGUCAGCCCUUUCUUCAAAGUUUAGAGUUUCUGUCCUGCUAUAUGGUCCAGCAGGAUGUGGAAAGAGGACUGUUGUUAGAUAUGUUUGCCGUCGAUUGGGCCUUCAUGUUGUGGAAUUCAGCUGCCAUAAUCUAAUGGCUGACAAAAAUGCAUCUAUUGCACUCGCUCAAGCUUUCAGAACAGCUCAAAGAUAUUCACCCACAAUCCUUCUUCUCCGCCAUUUUGAUGUCUUCCGAAAUUUAAUUUCGCAUGAAGGUUCACCAAAUGAUCAAGUUGGUCUCACCUCAGAAGUUGCAUCAGUCAUGAGGGAAUUCACUGAACCAGUUGCUGAAGAUGAUGAUAAUUACUCCGAUGAGAAGUUAAACAAUGAUCUUUCAGCCAAGGAUGCUGCAAAUGUAAGUAGGGGUCAGGUGUUGUUAGUUGCAGCUGCUGAGAGUUCUGAGGGCCUACCUCCGACUGUAAGGCGUUGCUUCAGCCAUGAAAUAAGCAUGGGUUCGCUGACUGAAGAACAGCGGGUUGAGAUGGUAUCCCAGUUACUGCAGAGUGGUUCUGAGCCCCUCUCUAAUUCAUGGCUGUUGACUUUGAUGGGUUCAGAUAGUUGCUUCUUGCAGACUGAGGUAGAAGAUGUCGCAAAGGACAUAGUUGGACAGACGUCUGGCUUCAUGCCUAGGGAUUUACAUGCUUUAAUUGCUGAUGCUGGUGCAAGCUUAAUCACAAGGGGUAAUAUUCAAGCUGAUGAACCUGAACUCAAGGACGUGAAUAGUUCUACUGGAUUCAAAUCAGUGCAAGAACAUGAGUCAUGCAAUUCUAUAGCUCAGAUGAUGGGGAAAGUAUAUCUGCCUAGAGCAUUAGAGCGAUCUAAGAAGAGGAACGCAUCGGCUUUGGGUACUCCUAAGGUUCCUAAUGUGAAAUGGGAAGAUGUUGGAGGGCUUGAGGAUGUGAAGAAAUCCAUUUUGGAUACUGUUCAGUUACCUCUCCUGCAUAAGGAUUUAUUUUCUUCUGGGUUGCGUAAGCGCUCUGGCGUUCUGCUGUACGGUCCACCAGGGACAGGAAAAACCUUAUUGGCGAAAGCUGUUGCAACAGAAUGUUCUUUAAAUUUUCUAAGUGUGAAAGGGCCUGAACUGAUCAAUAUGUACAUUGGAGAGUCAGAGAAAAACGUCCGUGACAUUUUUCAGAAGGCAAGGUCAGCACGCCCGUGUGUGAUAUUCUUCGAUGAACUUGAUUCUCUUGCCCCAGCUCGAGGCGCCUCAGGAGAUUCUGGGGGUGUCAUGGACAGAGUAGUUUCUCAGAUGCUCGCAGAGAUUGAUGGCCUAAAUGAUUCCACACAAGACCUAUUUAUUAUAGGGGCAAGCAACAGACCGGAUCUUAUUGAUCCGGCACUUCUCAGACCUGGCCGAUUUGAUAAGCUGUUAUACGUUGGAGUAAACUCUGAUGCAUCUUACAGGGAGCGGGUCCUUAAGGCACUUACCCGUAAGUUUACAUUGCAUCAAGAUGUCUCUCUUUACACAAUAGCAAAGAAAUGCCCCCUAAACUUCACUGGUGCAGACAUGUAUGCUUUAUGUGCAGAUGCUUGGUUUCAUGCUGCGAAGCGCAAGGUUUUGACUUCAGAUUCAGAGUCUGCUUCCCUGGUUGAUCAACCAGAUUCAGUAAUUGUUGAAUUUGACGAUUUUAUAAAGGUCUUGUCUGAGCUGUCUCCCUCCCUCUCGAUGGCAGAGCUUAAAAAGUAUGAGUUGCUGCGGGAUCAGUUUGAAGGCUCAUCAAAAUGAAACUCUCGACUUACUGCCAGAUUCUGCAUAGUCACAGUGGCAGCCUGCAAGCGUUACAUGCUAUGUGAAAUGAAGUGAAUUUUGAUCGAUUAUUUUAAUGGUACAAUAGAACUAAUACAUAUGGCACAGGGUACUGUCAAAGGAACUGCAUACAAUAUGUUUCAAUUGCAGCAUUUGGCGUAGUCAACCAGGACCUGAAAUGAUAAAUGGGACCGCAGGUUGGCACAUAACAUGCUUAGCUUAAUACAGUUGUGACCUGGUUGUCAAAACCAGGAAUCAAAUCCUUAUCAUCCACGUAGUUUUCAGAACGUCAUGGUGGUUGGAGAAAUUACUAUGUGCCUGUAAUUUUUCUUUUCCUCCAUAGAUCUUCAAUAAUUUCUGAGGAAGGUUGAAAUAUGAACAACAGUUGCAACAUUACAGACAAGAUCUGCUCACAGAACAAGAGGUGGGUGCGGCUGUCAGCAAGAAUAGCAGCUAGUUAAGAAUAUCAAUGUUGUUUUUAUUUUUAUUUUUUUCCAUUUGUGAUAAUUAGAUGAGAGCUGUAGUAUAAUGCUUAAAAGGCUUUCAGAAAUAAGCUUUUCAGGAAUCUUGAUAGAGUGAAGUUGAAGUGGGAUAGUCAAUGCUUUUAAAUUUCGGAAAUAUAGAAUUUGAAAAGGAAAAUGAUGCAAAAAGUAUAUUCCUGCAAAA